AUGUCAUCGGCAGCCAGUGGUGGAUUUAAUUAUCGUUCCCCCUCUGUCUCCCCCCUCCCCGCUUUGCCUCAGACCUCCAGCCCUUUGGAGCGGAUCCCAAACCUGCGCACACUCUUUGAUUUUUGGAAAUUUUUUGGGGUUUUUCGACUUGGCACUGCUCCUUCUCCCCCUGCUUUGUUCCUCUUGAUGGAUCUAGGCGGGCCGGCGAACCAUGACCCCUGCCAGCCCACCCCGUCUGUACACGCUCAGACAAUGGACCAGCACAGGAAAGAGGAGAAGGAGGGAGGUAAAGGGGAGGGAGAGGGGAGAAAAAACAGUGGACAAAUGUUGUGA